AUGAACAGCGAGCCAGUCCUUCUAAUGCAACAGCCCUUCCGAGGGGAGAAGUUAUACUGGUACAUUGGCCAGUUCGAUGAAACCCUAAUUGAAAACGCAGCUUUUCAUGAUAGGGCUGUGUCUCUGAUAAUCAAAAAGACAUUUGUUGUGAUAUUUUACAUUAUUGGUUACAUAGGCUGCUCAGGCACUCCUACCUGUUCAAAAUACAGAAUCACCAGGUUAUCAGCUUCUGACCUCGUCUACAUAUUGCCCCUCAGUAACAUCAACACUAGUUUUUUGUUUGUUGUUAUUCCAACAAGGAAUGAAGGAUUGCUUUACCCGCUUCAUGGUGAAGAAGAGAAGCAGGUUGAUAACCAUAAUGCAGGGGAGUAUUUGAAAAAGAGUGAUCACAAUAUAAUUGGAAAGAGUGUUCCCAGUCAGUGUGUGGAGAGUUCACCCUUCACCACUCCCCCUGUAUAUAGUCCAGGAAAACAAGGCUUCAAAACCAAGACUAGCAGCAUCAUCACCUCAACACUGAACCCUGGAACCAACGAGCUCCCCACUUUCGAUUCUGGUAGCGAGAAGAUCAGGCAGCCCAAAGACACCGUGGGCAUUCCGGAAGGGAAAGGAAAAUUGCAGAAGCUGAAAUGCCACUAUUGCAACAAGAUGUUCGCCAAGAACUUUGACCUCCAGCAGCAUAUCAGAAGCCACACAGGGGAGAAGCCGUUCCAGUGCAUUGUUUGUGGCCGUGCCUUUGCUCAGAAAUCGAACGUCAAGAAGCACAUGCAGACCCACAAGGUGUGGCCAGCGGGAGUGUCCCGAUCCUCGGUCUCCGUCCAGGUGGUGACUGUCAACUCGGAAGAGCCGGGGGACCCAGAGGAGAACGAGGUCACAGCGGAAUUAUCUGAAAACUCCGAGCAGCCUCCGCACCCGAAUUCUGCCAACCACGCGGGUGACAGCAGCGGCGGAGAGAUGAAGAAGAUGGUGGUGAUCGACAGUUCAUACCAGUGUCAGUUUUGCCCCUGUAAAUUCGUUACUUAUUUCCAACUAAAGUCACACAUGAUUCAACACAAGAACCAACAGGUGUACAAGUGUGUGGUGAAGAAUUGCACACAGACAUUUGUGAAGCUCGAGGAGUUUGUUGAACACAUCAAGAACCACGACGAUGAGAUAACUUAUCGCUGCCAUCUCUGCAGUAAGAUCUUCCCAUCUCUGUACGAGUUGGGGGUGCACCAGUAUUCUCACAACCUCUACCCCCAACAGGCGCCUAAGAAGUGCCCUACGUUUUACAGAUGUUCGAGGUGUUUGAGUAAAUAUUCCACUCCCGAAGCCCUUGAGCAUCACCUCCAGACAGCAUCUCACAACUACCCCUGUCCACACUGUCAGAAGGUCUUCCCAAGUGAGAGGUAUCUGCGGAGACAUCUCCCUGUGCAUGGUGGAGGGGGCGUAUUCAAGUGUCAGAUAUGUAAAAAGUCAUUCAAAACUGAACACUAUCUCAAACUGCACCUCCUCAUUCAUUCUGGUGAAAAGCCAUUUAAGUGCACGUUGUGUUCAGCAGCAUUUAAUCGCAAAGAUAAAGUGAAGAGGCACAUGCUAACCCAUGACCCCGUCAAGAAAUUCAAGUGCCCUUUCAGGGUACACUCGGGUUGCACAAAAGAAUUCAAUAGACCUGACAAGCUGAAGGCUCAUAUAAUUGCCCACUCAGGAAUCAAGCCGUACAAGUGCCAGUAUUGCAGCAAGAGCUUUAGCCGGCGAGCUCACAUGAUGGAACACCAGCACUCGCACACGGACACCUACACCAUCCGCUGUGGGCCCUGUGGGAAAGGCUUCACGCGUGAGAAGUACCUCAAGCAGCACCGGUGCGGGCUCUUCGCCGGGCGAGGGGAGGAGCGGCAGGCAAGGAAGCGGCGCUGUGGGGCCCGCAGGGGGCCGUACAAACCCAAGAGAGCCACGGUGGGGAGCCGCACGGCUCCCGGGGCAUUGAGGCAAGAGGCCGAGGUGCAGCAGCAGCCGGCGCCGCCGAGGGCUGAGGGGCGCGAGGAGGAGCCCGUCAUCGUCCUGUCUGAAUCGGAGGACGCGAGCGCCACCGGCAACACGAGUCAGACCUGGCUGGCUGUCUCGGCGCCUGCUAGCGCCGGCUUGACAGAGCUGCCAACCAGCCAAGGCGUCACCAUGGUCACAGUUCCGGUUUACAUCCAAGCCUCGGAUUAAAGAGACUUUAUCACUACAGCAAAGACUUUUUUUUUAUAUAAAAAAUAUAUAUAUAUAUAUAUAUAAAAAACUAUCGAUGAUAGACUUUGACUGAGAGAAACUGGUAAAAAGGUAUCUUGUUAUCUUUUCAUCCAGGCAUCCUUUGCAUAGAGUUACACAAAGCUGGUUUUAUUACAGCGGGACUAAAUCGCCGUGUGCAAUGGCCUUCCAAUCGCAAAUAAAAAGACACU